AUGCUCAAUGCCAAGUUUAGGGGCUGGCUUAAAGAGCACACACUAAGGUUUGACUUCCUAGGUGGCUCGUGGGCCCGACUGUUACUUUGUUCCGUCAGGCUUUUUGUUCCGUUUCGCUUCCGUCCACUGUUUUAUUUUCUGUUGCAACAGUGUGAGAGUAUUGCCUUCCUUUUGAUCGUCUCUCUUCCUGGCUCGGUGGGCGCCUGCUACAGAGUUACAUGGCUGCUCUGGCUUUACUUGGUCGUAGUGUUUCUUCUCAUUCUGCUCUUGUUCUGCUUCACCGUCUUUGUCUUCGUCGUCACCAACAAGGGAGCUGCACAGGUCGUUUCCGAUAGAGGGUACAAAGAAUACAAGCUUGGGGACUACUCAAACUGGCUGCAGAAGAGAACAGAGAAGAGCAGCAAGUGGAACAAAAUUAAGAGCUGCCUUCAGGACGCCAAAGUAUGCAAAAGCCUUGCCAAUGAUUCAGUCAACCAAGUUGCAGAGCAGUUCUGCAAAAAGAAUUUAUCCCCAUUGCAAUCUGGUUGCUGCAAGCCUCCAACUUCGUGUGGCUUUGUGCAUGUGAACGCCACUUGUUGGACUACCACAGCAUGCAACUUAACGGAUGUGGAUUGUAGCAGGUGGUGUAAUGAUGAGGAUAAAUUAUGCUAUAGUUGUAACUCAUGCAAGGCAGGUGUGCUGGCAAACUUGAAGCAUGACUGGCGUAUGAUUGCUAUUAUCAAUAUUGUGAUGCUCUUUGCUCUGGUUGUAUUUUAUUCUGUGGGGCGUUGUGAGUUCAGGAACAAUAGGCGUGAUGAGAGAAAUGGGUAUGGAUAUAAGGUGGGAUAUCCUUGAGCUUUAGCUUCAGCCAAGGAGCACAUCGUUGUGCCAUAAAUUGUUUUUAUUUUAGUUUUUCGUUCUUCAGCUCCUCUGUUGUUUCUGCAGAGAGAGGGAUUGACAUUUAUUGUAU